AUGGCUAGUGUUGGGCCUGUGAAAACGAAAACUGUAACACUAAAAGAGUUAACUCCCCCCAUUCCCUCGCCCGAAAAGUCAGCGUGUAAGGGUGCAAAACCCGACUCGAAUCACAUGGCCCUGGUACCAGUGAAACCGUCCCAACCCGGAUCAGGUAAGUUGAUAACACGUACAAGGUUGCAGAGAGAUUCACUUAUUUCGCAGCAGCAGCGCGAUGCACUUGUGGUGUCAUCCUUUGGUAUUGGAACAACCCGACAUGGUCAGCCCGAUAACACAACCUCCUCUAUCAAAGAUGGAUUUUCCACCGCUGCCGGGGGCGUUAACUGCGCGUCGGUUGUGGUGGCACAAAGUGAAAAGGACUCGGUCCGUUUUCAUCUGUGCGUUGAUGCAUUAGCAGAGGGAUGUGUAAACACAUUUAUUCAUCUCUUUCACCUUUCACACAGGGAUCCGGUGUGCGUUGAUCAACUCGCACAGACCCUCUUCACAAUUCCUGACGAAAAAUUAGUGUGGGUGAAGAGUCAACUGGCUGCUGUGGAGGUGUUAAGGAGACAGAGUGAGUUUCGUGAUGUAUGCGAGCGUUGCCAAUUGCUUGCGGAUUAUUUCGAAAGUGAGCGGGAUUGUGACGAGGCCGCGUGGCAUUAUGACGUGGCGCUUCGCAUUGCGAUGGAAUCGCUGGACCGCCCACUUGAGCAGGAGGUGCGUUUGUCGUUUGGUGCGUUCUUUGAGAGGCACAAGCAACUCAGGAAGGCAAUUGCUUUAUUCGAAGAGGUGUACCACCUUGCCAUGGCACUAAAUGACGUUGAGACGGCGGUAGAGGCCAAUUAUCGCCUGAUACGUACUUACUUGAGUCUUAGUGCGGAGUUGAAGGAUACAAAUCCAAAGGAAGCUAUCAGUUUCCUUGAGCGGGCGCUGGAUAUGUCGCAACGUGUUAAGAGUUCGAAGGAUGAGGCCGACUCAUUGCACGCACUUGGCAACAUUUACGAAAGCAUGGGUGACUUCCGGAGGGCACUAGAAUACCAGAAACGGUUCUUUGAAGUUGCGAGGGCGGCGAACCUUGUUGAGCGUGAGAAGCGGGCCUCUUUGUGUGUUGCGAGCAUGCAGGAGCGCAUGAAUAUGACAGACGAAGCUGUACAUUCCUUGCAAUGCGCAUUGGAACUCUCUGAGAAGGCAGCUGAUAUAGAGGGCGUUUACCGAGCAACAAUGCAACUAGGUCAGGCGUACGACAGUAGCGGUGAUCAUGAAAAGGCUCUCAUGAGUUAUCGUGCUAACUUUGGGGCGGCUCGAAAGUUAAACAACAGCGACCUAACCGAUCAGGCCCGCGUGGCUCUAGGCUUUGCACUCGGUGAACAUUAUCUCAAGCAUGCGGGGGGAGGACGCGGAUAUGUGCCAAUUGUAUGUGAUGAUGUAAAGGCACAACUAGAGUGGAUGAGUAAUGGCAUCUUGUAA